UAGGUCUGCAGCCAGAGAGAGGCUGGCGGGGCCUGCAGUGCCAGCACAGGACAGAGUUAGCAGGCAGAUCCAGGCCAGGAUGGGCAGCCCGAUGCGCCGAGUGUCGCAGGAGGACACCUGGAGCGGGCAAGUGCAUCCCGACAUAGCCAGCGAGAGGCACGUGCAGUCCUUUGAUGUGGAACGGCUCACCAACAUCCUUGACAGAGGUGCCCAGAACACCGCGCGCCGGAGGAAAGUUGAGAGCAUCAUCCACAGUGACCCAGAGUUUAGCUGUAAGGAUAAUUAUUUCAUGACCCAUAAUGAGCGUUACGAGGCUGCUGUGAAGAAGGCAUUCCACACCCAGAUGCUAACACAGAGCCUGGGCUGGUCAGAAGAGGAAUUAGUCUACGUUUACAGAGCGCUUUCUGGAGACACAGUGUUAGGUAUGCACACAGGCUUCCUGAAAGCCCUCAGGAGCCUGGGCUCAGAGGAACAGAUUGCCAAAUGGGAGCCACUCUGCAAAACGUGCCGGAUCAUCGCAACAUAUGCCCAGACAGAGCUGGGACAUGGGACAUAUCUUCAGGGCCUGGAGACUGAAGCUACCUAUGAUGCGACCACCCAGGAGUUUGUGAUACACAGCCCCACGAUAACUGCCACCAAAUGGUGGCCUGGGAACCUGGGACGGUCGGCUACGCAUGCCCUGGUCCUGGCCCAGUUGACCUGCUCAGGAGCCCGGCGGGGCAUGCACGCUUUCAUUGUGCCCAUCCGGAGCCUUCAGGACCACACCUCGCUGCCAGGAAUCACCGUUGGGGACAUCGGGCCCAAGAUGAACUUUGACGAAUUGGACAAUGGCUUCCUGCGACUGGACCAUGUGCGAGUCCCAAGGGAGAACAUGCUGAAUCGCUUUGCUCAGGUCUUGUCAGACGGCACCUACAUCAAGCGUGGGACAGAACAGAGCAACUACCUUUUCAUGGUGGUGACGCGGGUGGAAAUUCUGCUGGGAGAGAUCCUCCCCCCGCUGCAGAAGGCCUGCGUCAUCGCCAUGCGCUACUCGGUCAUACGCCGCCAAUCCCGGCUCCGGCCCAGUGACCCAGAAGCAAAAAUCCUGGACUACCAGACACAGCAGCACAAACUCUUUCCUCAGCUGGCCAUGAGUUACGCCUUCCAUUUCCUGGCCAUCAGCAUCUUGGAAUUCUUCCAGCGCUCCUACAAUGCCAUUCUGGACAGAGACUUCAGCCUCCUGCCUGAGCUCCACGCACUGAGCUCAGGCACAAAGGCCAUGAUGGCGGACUUCUGCAUCCAAGGGGCCGAGACAUGCCGCAGGGCCUGUGGCGGACAUGGAUACUCAAAGCUGAGUGGCCUGCCAUCACUGGUCACCAGAGUGUCAGCCGCCUCCUCCUACGAGGGUGAGAACACCGUGCUCUACCUGCAGGUGGCCAGGUUUCUGGUGAAAAGCUACCUGCAGGCUCACAUGUCCCCUGGAUCCACAUCACAGAGGUUUCUUCCUUCAUCUGUCGCAUAUCUUACCGCACCUGAUCUGUCCAGGUGCCCAGCCCAGAGGGCAGCCGACUUCCUCUGCCCAGAGCUCUAUACCACAGCCUGGGCUCAUGUGGCAACCAGGCUCAUAAAGGAUUCAGUAUAUCAUUUACAGACCCGGACGCAAUCCGGGCAGGACCAGCACGAGGCCUGGAACCAGACCACUGUCACACACCUCCAGGCUGCUAAGUCACUACCAGCAUCGUGGGCAUCCCAGGGGAGUCAUUAUAAAUGCAUGGUCUCAGGCCUCACCGUGGAACCCACGUUUGAACAAGAUCCCCAGGUGAUCUGUGUGCACAUAAAGAUUUGAAAAACUCCACUCUCUCUCUUCCUGUCUCACCCUCCUAGAACUCACACAUCCUACAUGAUAAGAUAUUAAUAAUUAUGUGUACUUGUUGGGGAGGGGGAAUAUUCAAAAUAUUUAAAACCAAUAAGACAGGGGCACCAACCAAUGAAAAACUACUUUGGGCCUGGGGAAAGCAGGGCCCUGAAGGCCUCCUAUUUGGUCAGGCAUUGAUCCUUUAGUGGCUAGGCUGUGGGGAGAAAGAGGGAGUCCCAGAAAAGGCGGCCAUCUGGCAGGCGGAGGGGCUCUCACUGGGUUGAUGGCAGUGGUCACUUACCAACAGGUACCAAGACAUUAUCUUAACAACCCACAGAGACAGACUGUUAGAUAUGGGCUGAAUAACAGCACUGCUCACCUUAAGGAGCUCAUGCUCUAGCUGGGAUAAAUCUCCAUAUAUACUUUGAACCCUCCCUUUCUCAUGCCAUGGUGCACACACCUGUGCGCACACACACCACUGCCUUGAACGUGGCAGACAGUAGCUCCUUUCUUGAGAAAACUGGUGCUGCCUUCCACUGUCCCCAGGCCAGCCUCCAAUAUUCUUUCUUUCUACUUUCAACUCUACCUAAAGCUGCCCAAGCAAAAUGAAGAAACCAAGGGCCAAGUUUCAAAGCCCUCCAGCACUCAACAUACUCACACACAUACACAAAAAUACCAUCAAAAAGGCUGUCAGACCCCAAGUGAGCUAGGAGAAAGGCGGCUGAUUGUCAGCCUGCUGGGAAACACAUGGCUGCAACGAGUUUAUUCAAGCAGUUUUGCCAGGCUUCCAGGAAGACUUCUAGAGUCGGAAAUCAGAAAUCAGUGGCUAAC